UAUUAAUUUGUCUUCUGUGAUCAACUAACAAAUAAAAUACCAAGCUGCAUUGUUUUGUUAGUAGUGUAAUAUAAAUUAUAUUAUGUCAAGCUAAUUUACAUUUUAUCAUUCUAAUUAGAUCUACUAAGGUUUAUAAAACUUGAUUACUUAUAUUGGUUUGCAAAGCUGAGACCUAUAGAAUAUAAACUAAAAUGAGUUAUAAUUUUGCACAAGGUCAAGAAAAGCCUAUGCGUGGUAAAUUGAAAGAACAGGAUGAGCGUAAAAUCCGCAGCAACUGGAUGCUGCUGCUGGAAGAGCUGGACGGGGAGCAUGUAGUGAAUCAACUGUACCAGAAGAACAUCAUCACAUUAGAUGACAUGCAUCAAGUCAAAGCUGAGAAAACUCCCAGGAAAAGGACGGAGGCACUGCUCAAAGUGGUUCUGCAUGCUGGACCAGGCGCAGCGUUUAACGAAUUUGUUUCUGCUUUGAAGGAAGUUUACCCACAUGUUGCAGAGAAAUUAUCUUAGUUUAAGCUUCUUUUUUUUAAAUUAAUUUUAAUUUUGCUGUAUAGGCUUCAUUGUCUUUUUAUAUUGUGAUAAUCACUUCAAUAACAAUGCAAAU